AAUAUUUGUUUUAUUAUGCGCAGGCUUAUCUUUCGCCAGCUUAAAUUUAGGCCCAAGUGUUUUGGCUUCGAUUAAUCAUGGCAGAAUUGAAGGUCUAGGAGGGUUUAGUGUUGACUGUGUUGAAAAAAUAGAUAUUUUCUUGUAUUUGCUUUUGCCCAGCUGUCUUUGGAUUCGCUAAUAUGUGAGGAAAUAUUCGUCCAGACGUUGAGGACUGUGAUAACGUAAUUGCACGCUCUUCUUUACCGUAUGGUGAGAGAGGAAACUAGCAUCUCCUGCUGAAUAGAAGGUAGCAAGCCAUCGUUAGUGUUGAUGAUCCAGCAGGACAAGCCCAUGCUGGCCUGCAGCAUGCCUGUGCUUUGGCCCACACUGGUGGACCUGGGCAGAGACGAGUGUAAAAGGAUCCUUAGGAAGCUGGAGUUGGAGGCGUACGCUGGAGUAAUCAGUGCUCUGAGGGCUCAAGGAGACCUCACUAAGGACAAGAAGGAUCUUCUCGGAGAGCUCACCAAAGUUCUCAGCAUCUCAACGGAGAGGCAUCGUGCGGAGGUCAGGAGGGCAGUGAACGACGAGCGCCUCACCACUAUCGCUUAUCACAUGUCUGGGCCCAACAGCUCGUCUGAGUGGUCUAUCGAGGGCCGGCGCCUUGUCCCACUCAUGCCCCGAUUGGUCCCCCAGACGGCGUUUACCGUCACAGCCAAUGCGGUGGCCAAUGCCUCAGCCAAUCAGAAUGCCUCUCUCUUGAUGCCUGCAGAAACGGGCAACAAAGAAGUGGUUGUUUGCUACUCCUACACAAGUACGACGUCCACCCCCACCAGCACCUCUGGAGGGGGCGCUGGCCUAGCAGGAGGAACAGUGAAGGCCUCGCGGCCGGCCAGCCCCGCCUCCAACGUGGUGGUGCUGCCCAGCGGCAGCACAGUCUACGUGAAGAGUGUGAGCUGCUCUGACGAGGAGGAGAAACCUCGCAAGCGCAGGCGGACCAACUCGUCCAGCUCCACCCCCGUGCUGCUGAAGGAGGCGGCCAGGGUGACCCCGCCCCUCUCCAAGACCAUCAGCGUGCCUGUGAGCGCUGCCCCCAAGAUCAGCAACAUCAUGCAGAGUAUCGCCAGCUCCCUGCCCCCACACAUGUCCCCGGUGAAGAUUACCUUCACCAAGCCUACCACCCAGACCACCAACACCACCACGCAGAAGGUAAUCAUAGUGACGACCUCUCCAAGCUCCAACUUUGUCCCCAACAUUCUCUCCAAGUCUCACUCCCACAACUACGCGGCCGUAUCCAAGCUGGUGUCCACCUCCAUGCUGACUUCUGCCAGCCAGAAGCAGACCGUGGUCAUUCCAGCCAGCUCCGCCCCCUCCUCCUCCCCAAACACGGUCGCCGUGACCACCAUGGUCACCUCUAGCCCCUCGGUUGUCAUGUCAACCAUUGCUCAUGGUGGCUCGGCUGCUGGGGUCAGGGUAGCCUCAGCCAGACUUCCCUCCCCCAAGACCCUCAUGGGCUCCCCCACCCAGAUCCUUGCCCAGUUUCCCAAGCAGGCCUCCCUGGCUGGGGGCUCCACCUUGGGCCAGGCCCAGACCACCGCCCCUGGCUCCAAGCCCUCCAUCCAGAACAAGCAGGAGUCGGGAGUGAAGAUCAUCACCCAGCAGGUCCAGCCCAGUAAGAUCCUGCCCAAGCCCUCAUCUGCAGCCCUGCCCUGCAGCAACUCCUCCCCUAUCAUGGUCGUCAGUAGCAACGGAGCCAUCAUGACCAGCAAGCUAGUCUCCCAGCCCACAGGUUCCCAGGCCACCUACUCCAGGCCCAGCAUGACCCCCACCAUCGGGGCUCGCGUGACCACCUCCCCGGGCGGAGCUACGUACGUGAAGACCACCAGUGGCAGCAUCAUCACCGUGGUGCCCAAGUCCCUGGCCACACUGGGGGGCAAGAUCCUCAGCAGCAGCAUGGUGUCUGGUACAACAACUAAGAUCACCACCAUUCCUAUGACCUCCAAGCCAAACGUGAUCGUGGUGCAGAAGACCACAGGCAAGGGAACCACCAUCCAGGGCCUGCCAGGCAAGAACGUUGUCACAACGCUCUUGAAUGCUGGGGGAGAGAAGACUCUCCAGGGGGCCAAGCCGGCCAUCAUCACCGCCUCCAGACCCAUCACCAAGAUGAUCGUGACCCAGCCCAAAGCCCUGGGCCCCGGGUCCCAGCCCUCCACCACCACCAAGAUCAUCCCCACCAAGAUCGUGUACGGCCAGCAGGGCAAGACCCAGGUACUGAUCAAGCCCAAGCCUGUGUUCCAGGCGGCACUGGUGAGCGAGGCCAGGCAGCAGGCUUCCCGCUCCACAGACCCCGGCCAGGAGGGGGCGCUGAAGGAUGAGGACCGGGGGAGUUCUCCCCCCGAGGACUUGUUCCACAGCGGUCCUCCGGAGUCCCAGCCUGUAGUGCACCUGAUCUCCUCCAGGGGGCAGGAGUGGGCUGAGCAGGAGGUGUUGGUGGAGUCCAGUCCCACUAUCAUGUACCAGGAAGUGUCAGGUGGCAGGGAGGAGCAGCAGACCACAGUCAAGGAGAAGAAUGAAGCUAACCCAAGACAGCACAUGGUGGACUUGUGUCAGAUGGUGGUUCACACAGCCCAGGAGAAGGAGCCUCCAGGGUCAUCCUGCUCCUCCUCAGAGCCCCGCGUGGACUUCACCACAGCUGGCAAGGUGUUGAAGCAUGCGGAGAUCUCCCAGGAGGAGGGCGAGCUGGAGGGAGACACCCUGGACCCCCAGACAGGUCUCUUCUACCGGUCCAGCCCAGCCCUGCAGGGGCUCCCCUCCAGCAGAACCCAGCCAGACGCCAGCAGACACACCCCACACUCCACCCAGAUCCCAGCCCCCCCAUCCCAGAGCAGGCCCCAGCCCUCCCCCUCCUCCACCUCCCCCUCUCUGGGUAAGAGCCCCCCCCUGCUCCAGGAGCCCCCCCUACCCAGCCCCCUCCCUCUGGGGCUGAGCCUGAGGGAGAAGUCAUCUGUGUUGGCACCGGGGGUGUCCCAGGCCCCCACGGCCCCCUCCAAGCUCCUGGUAACUCCUCAGGCCCCUGCCCCCUCCAAGCCUCUGCUAACCCCCCAGGUGCCUGCCCCCUCCAAGCCCCUGGUAACCCCCCAAGCCUCUGCCCCCUCCAAGCCCCUGGUAACCCCCCAAGCCUCUGCCCCCUCCAAGCCCCUGGUAACCCCCCAGGCCUCUGCCCCCUCCAAGCCACUGGUGCCCCCACAGGCCCCCGUCCCCCCUGCCCCUUCCAAGCCCCUGGUAACUCCCCAGUCCACUGCCCCCUCCAAGCCCCUGGUAACCCCCCAGGCCCCCUGCCCCUCUGCCCCCUCCAAGCCCCUGGUAACCCCCCAGGCCCCCUGCCCCUCUGCCCCCUCCAAGCCCCUGGUAACCCCCCAGGCCCCCUGCCCCUCUGCCCCCUCCAAGCCCCUGGUAACCCCCCAGCUCCCCAGGCUACAGCAGGCCCCCACCUCUCACCACAGGCCCCUCCACACCCAGCUGUCCCAGCCCCCACCCCUGCAGGCGCACCACCCUGUGGCCUCUGACAAGCUGCCUCUCUCCUGUCAGCCUCCUAUCAUCACGCAGGGUGCCAGUGUGACUAAGAUCACGUUUGGCCUCCAGACGGCUCCUGUUUGCAGCGCUGAGGCGCGGAGGCCGGAGGCCAAGCCGUCAGACAUCCUGAAGAUCUCCAUGAUGGAGGCAGAGAUUGACCCCAGUGCAGAGCCCAUGCUGGUGGACUCCUCCAGCGACUGCAGCCCCUACGGAGGGGCCCUGGCCGGGGGGCCCGAGGAAGGCUCCAGCCCCCUGAUCAGCAGCUCCCUGCCCCCCUCCAGACCUCCACAGCUGUCCCGCCUCCAGAGCAGUGACAUCCCUAAGAGCAGAGACACCCUGGACGUGAUAGAGGUGAUUCCCCAGUUCUCCAUCAUGCCAGACUCCAGCCAGUCCAAUGUGGUGGUGGAGCCCAGUGGCUUCCUCCAGAUCUCUGACUACACCAGCCAGCGUCUGGAAGAGGACAGCAUGGAGGUGGACAGCAGCGUGGAGGAGGCCGCGGCCGUCAGCCCCAACCAGGAGGGUGUGGCCGACCAGUCCCAGUGACCACUCCCCCCCCAGUGACCCCGCCUCACCUCCCCCCCAGUGACCCCGCCUCACCUCCUC